AUGCGUGUGCACGUCACAGCUGGGUAUAUAAGUGCCUCUCUCCCUCCUUCAUGAGAAAACCCACUUUCAUUCUCCUCCAAGCACACAGAAACAGAGUAAAGGAUGAACAGCAGUGUGUGCGUUUGUGUGAUCCUGGCGGCUCUUUCUGUCUCUUGUCUGGGACGGCCCCGCUCCUCUACUCCUGACACUGGGGACAGUCCACUUCCCUCACAGCUGGACAUCAGCGGGAGUGAGCACCGCCGGCUCGCCCGCUCCGCCAGCCUCCAACAGCAGCCAGUGGCUGAAACAGGCUCAGACCCCCGCGCUAACAUCAGCCAACUGCUAGCCAAACUCAUGUCCAAAAAAGGAUCCGUUCGUCGUAACUCCUCCGUGAACAGCAAAGCAAACAGUGUGAGCCAUCGGAUAAAAGAUCGGGAUUACGUCGGCUGGAUGGAUUUUGGCCGCCGGAGUGCAGAGGAAUAUGAAUACUCAUCAUAAAAUCCACACAGAUAUCAUCUCGACACCUCUCUGCUAAAAAUAAAGAGUAUAUUUAUUACACUAUUGUUAUUAUUAUUCUAAUGUACAUUUGUUAAGAGACCAGUAUAAUGCAAUAUACACACAUGCCUAAUUUUGGAAAAAAAUACAAAAAAAAGUCUAAGUAUUGUUGUUGUUCUUAAAUCUUGUAAUUUAAUUUCAUAUUUUCUGUCACAUACACAAUGGUUUUUGCUUAUAAAAGAGAUCCAUCAAGCUAAAGUGUGUGUCAAAUCCUAAACCAUAGUUUUCAAUAAAUCAGGUCAGCAUUCAACUUUGGCCAUAAAUCCCAAA